UGUUGUGUUUCUAAUAUUUCAGAUGAUGUGUGGACAAAGAAAGCCACGAUGGCAAUGCUUAACUUAUACGAAGCAAAUAUACAGAUGCUUAUGGAUAUUAACAAUAAAUCACAGGUGUGGAAGACAAUAUCAGAAGGCUUAAAAGAUUUAUGUAUAAAGGUAACACCAGAUCAGGUUAAAUGGAAAUUUAAUCAUUUAAACAAUAAAUAUAAGCAGUGUAUCCACAAAAACAAAAAGAGUAAAAGAGCUCAUAUGACAUUUGAAUAUUAUGAGCAAUUUGAACAAAUUUUUCAUAAAGAGAAAAACGUUUCCAUUCCACGUACAUUUUCUUCUUCGAUACUUUCUACCGAUGAAAAAAAAAGAAAGCAUGACGUAACUGAAUCAAAAAAUAUUAGUGAGAGUAAAAAAAUUAAAACAGAUGCUACACCCAGCGAAAAUAAUCUACCACCAGUUGGUGAGUCUCCAAAACUCAAAACAACUCCGGUUGUGGACGUUAAAAAAACUGCAAGAAACCAACAACGCAUUCAAAGUAUGGAACUACAAAACAUUGAAGAAAGCCAGAAGUCUAGAUAUGGAAAACUGAACAUAUAUUUAAAAAUGAAAGAGAAAGAAAUGGAGUUAAAGAAAAAAGCAAUAGAUAUUCGUGAAACAGAAAUUCGAGUUAAAAGAGCUGUUGCGAGUGAAAAACUAAAGUUUAAUGAAAACAAGCACAAGGACUGGUUAAAUAUAGAAAAAACGAAAUGUGAGCUUCUGGAAAAUUUUUUAAAAAAUCGUAUUGACAGCGAAGAGUCUCAUUAAACUAUCAAAAGUUAAUGUUUAAGAGUUUGUUGUACCUAAAAAGGUUAUUUUGACAUGCCAAAACAAAUGCUUUAUAUAAAGCUUAUGAUUAAGAUUUUGUUGUACUGUGUUUGUAUAACAUGCAAAAUAAAAAAAAAGAAUAACAUA